GUUGUGUAUAGGAAUGUUGUGUGCGGUGCGAAUCGCAUAGGCUUUACGUGUCGAAAGUCCCAAUUGAAAUAAUACACACAAUACACUCGUCCAAUGUGAAUGUACUGUACGGACGCUCGAGCUCGCGAUCGCCGGCCAAAUCCGCGCGCCAAUGCAAGCGACUGAUGUACAGACACCUGACGAAAGCCUCACGAAGACUUCUGUACCUCCAGGCUAUUGGCUCCCUUCCACGUCACACUUAUCCCAGUCUUCCAAAGCCAUCACCAUGGCCAAGCCCAAGGUGAAAACCGGCAACAGCAAUGCCGUGGAUAAACUGACCCGUCGACCUCCCAAGAACGUGCUCAGGAUCAAGAUGGGCUGCACUGACAAGCGUAAGGUACGCAGCGGCAAGCUCAAGAAGGUGCUAACCUCGCUGGAAGACCCCGACUUCAUCAUGGAACCUGAUAUGGAUGCCUUCACCUGCACCGAGGCAGAAAUGGACGCUCUGGAGCUGUCUGAGGACCUUAUGAAUCAGAUUGAAGAGAUUGAGAUGGAUGACUUAGACGUAGAUGAUGUCGAUGACGUCACUGUCAAAGAUUCAGGGCGAGGGUUUGAAAAGCUGUCUACCUCUAAGAAGCUGCAGACCAUGAAGCGCAACUCCAAGACUGGCCAGUACGAGUGCCCUUACUGCGUCUUCUGCUCUCCUUACUACAGCGCCGUGGCCAGUCACACCCUCAUCCACACAGGUGAGAAGCCAUUCCGUUGUAAGAUCUGCGGAUACCGUGCCCGGCAGCGAGGUCACGUGGUGGUCCACAUGCAGAUGCAUGAGGAGCAGAAGCCGUAUAUCUGCGUCAAAUGCGACUACUCGACGACCCAGCCGUCCCACCUUCGGGUGCACAUGAGGGUGCAUGCCGAUGAGGAGGAGCAGGAUGAGGGGGAUGGCAACUACAUCUCGGAACAGCUGGCUUCGCUCAAGGAACAGAUGAAGAGUGAGGAGGAAAAAAUGCAGCUGUUCUCAUGCAACCAGUGUGAUUACGUGACCAAGCGCAAGCACAACCUCAUACAGCAUCUUGCCGUCCACACGGGAGCCAAGCCCUACAAGUGCGAUCUGUGUGACUACUCUUCCAGCCAGAAAGGUCACCUGAAUGUCCACAUCCGCACCCAUACCAAGGAGAAGCCCUUCAAGUGUCCAAAGUGCCCUUUUGCAUCCACGGUGCCCAAGUCCCUACGUGAGCAUCUCCAGAUGCACUAUGGGCAGCGCCCCCUCAAGUGUCCUUACUGCUCUUUCUCUUCCAGCCAGGCAUUCUCUAUCAAACGCCACAUUGCCCUGCAUGAGGAUGUCAAGUCCUUUUCUUGCAAGUUCUGCAGCUACAAGACUACCGUUGAAGAUGAUUUCAAUCACCAUAGGAGUAUUCAUACCCAGCAAGCCUCCUACAAGUGCACUCAUUGUUGUUACGAGUCUCCUUUCAAGCACAUCUUCGAUACCCACAUUCUAACGCAUACUGAGACUCUGGGCAUCACCGCCGAGAAUCGUGUCCCCAAGGGUAACAUUCCGUCUAUGCGUUCCAGACAGGGUGCAAAAAAUCGCCUGCGCAACACCAAAAAGAAUGAAGUUCAUGAUGAUCCGGAGUCUGGUAGGAAACCAGAGAAUGAAAGCCUUUCCAUCCAUCCACCAACCACCUUGCCUUCCAAGGAGCCUAAAGCAAGUCCUGUCCCUGGGGCCGAACCCGAGGACUUGAUGGUCGAUGUGAACGACUAUGACGAUGAUGAUGACGAUGAUGAUGACUAUGACUACAUGGAAUUCACCAAAAAACCCAAGGCCAUCAGGAAGCAGAAUUCUCCAACACCUGCCGAUGCCACUCGCACCGUCUCGACUGCCAUGCAGACCAUGCCUGAAAUGUCGGUCGAGCUUCCGCCAACUCCAACCCUCUCCGACAAGUAUGCUCCUUCUCUUCCCGACAUUGCCACUCCUUCCUUUCAUGACGGGGCAUCCCAGCAGGAUAUCAAUGAAGCUGAGACUAAACUCUCCUUAGAGGACAUGGAAUCUAUGGAAGGCAUCGUGGUGGAGAACCCCAUGAACAAGCUCUUCACCUGUGAGUAUUGUGAUAAAGAAUUGAUCGGCCAAGAAGACUGGCGUCGGCAUGUGUCGCGUCACUUCAUGGAAUGGCCAGAACUCAAUUGAUUGUGUUCCACUUUCUGUAAAAUUCCUGAUGCUUAAAACAAAAUGUACAGAUCCCAAGAGAACCAUCUUCCUGUAAAAUUUGCCUUACAUUUCUUAUGCUAUGUCUUCCACAGUUUUUGUAUUUCUGUUUGUUUAAAUAAGAAAAUGCAUCAGUUAUUUUCUGUGGUAGUGGAUAUUUGAAGUAGAACUUACAUUUAACACUACCAUGUCCCUUUCAAAUGGCAAAACAAGAAAAUACUUCAUGAAGACUAUUUCUCUCCUGGAUAUCCCAUUUUGGAGAAGAUAUGGUGGACCUGGAAUUAGCGUUUAGUUUGCUAGUCUAACGAAUGUGAGGAAGAGGAAGCUGAAGAAAGUGUCAGAGGACUUCUUAAAAGCAAUGAAGUAUUACAAAAAAUGUACAGCGUAUGUAAAAUAUAUAGUGGAAACGUUGUGUGUCUUGACACAAGUAUUUAUAGAUAUAGGAUUAUGUAGGGUUUAAAGAAAACAGAAUGAUAAGGUAAAGUUAAUAUGUCCAUAUUUAAGUGCAUGCCAAAGAUAAGAUGAAUUAUUUUGCCAAUGAUUUCGUCAAUUCUCCAUCAGUAUUGGUUAUUAAGAUGUAUGUUGACUCAAAUUGCUGAUGGAAUUAUAUUUUGGAGAGAGAUGAAUUUAUGUGAUUGAUUUGAAUAGCUUUCUUUUAACGUGGAAAAAUGGCCUACCAGCCCUGAUCUCCAUAGUUUAUCCUACAAAGAAGAACAGUCCAGCAAUAGAAAAAAGAUUUACCUAAGUCGGAUUUCAAACAACAAUGAUUUAUGCGACAGUUGUGUUUGAGUAAGUGAACAAGAGUACAGUGUUUCCUCCUAGAGAGUUAUAUUUUUAUAAAACAUAAUGAAUUUUUCAAGCUUAAUAGGUAUAUCUGAUCAUGUGAGAAAAUUAAAAUUUAAAAGUCUUCCUUUCUAACAUAAAUUUGUGCCUUCUAAUCAUGCUGAUAAUUUCUCGAUAUUAGUUCUGUCAAGAAAAUGCUUUUGUAUUCUCUUAAAUGUUUAAAACCAUGGUGCUUUUGAACUUUUUUAAUCUGUUGUGUAAGAGACAUUGUAAUAUGUUGUAAAUCGGCGUGGAUUCAUUUAGUCGAUUUUCAGUAGAGAAAUGUGUGUUGGUGUGAUUUAGAAAUAGCAAUGAAGUGUAUUGAGUAACUACAUGUACAGUAAAC